AUAUAUAUAUACUCAAAAAAAAUAAAUUGGUUAGCUCAAUUUUCAUAAUGGUUUCUUCUCUGUUAGUACUGUGUCCACCAUCAACUCCUCAAAUUCUUUCAAUUUCAUCUUCCUUCCAUUCUUCUCUACCUUCUAAAACCCACAAUUUUCUUCAAAUUAGAAGAAGAAAAAAUAGGUCAAUUUCAUCUCCUCUAAGAGUAGCUGCACCCCCAACAACAACAACAUCUUUUGAAGAAGAAGAAGAAGAACAACAACAAAACCCAGAUUCAGAAUCUAGUGAUAUUGAAGUAGAUUCACAAGAUUUAUCAUCAAAAUUCUCUUGGAGAGAUCAUUGGUACCCAGUUUCAUUAAUUGAAGAUCUUGACCCAAGUUUACCCACACCAUUUCAGCUACUUAAUCGAGAUAUAGUUAUCUGGUUUGAUAAAUCUGGAUCUCAAUGGAUUGCUUUAGAUGACAAAUGUCCUCAUCGUCUUGCUCCUUUAUCUGAAGGGAGAUUAGAUGAAAAUGGGGAUUUGCAGUGCUCAUAUCAUGGAUGGUCAUUUAAUGGAUGUGGUUCUUGUACAAGGAUUCCUCAAGCUGCAUCUGAAGGACCUGAAGCUAAAGCUUUUCAGUCUCCAAGGGCAUGUGCUACUAGAUUUCCUACAAUGGUUUCUCAAGGAUUACUCUUUGUUUGGCCUGAUGAGAAUGGUUGGGAGAGAGCUCAUGCAACAAAGCCACCUAUGUUGCCUGAAGAUUUUGAUAAGCCUGAGUUUGCAACAGUGACAAUUCAGCGUGAUUUGUUUUAUGGCUAUGACACUCUCAUGGAGAAUGUCUCUGAUCCUUCUCACAUUGAUUUUGCACAUCACAAGGUUACUGGAAGGCGAGACAGAGCGAAGCCCUUGCCAUUCAAGAUGGAGGUGUCUGGACCUUGGGGUUUUGCUGGUGCCAACAAUGAUAAACCAAAAAUUACUGCAAAAUUUAUCGCACCUUGUUACUCAAUGAAUAAAAUAGAGAUUGACACAAAGCUUCCAAUCGUGGGUGAUCAGAAGUGGGUGAUAUGGAUUUGUUCAUUUAAUGUACCCAUGGCACCAGGAAAGACCCGGUCAAUUGUUUGUAGUGCUCGAAACUUCUUCCAAUUUACAGUGCCCGGGCCUGCUUGGUGGCAGGUUUUUCCAAGAUGGCAAGAACACUGGACUUCAAAUAAGGUGUAUGAUGGAGAUAUGAUUGUUCUUCAAGGUCAAGAAAAGAUCUUUCUUUCAAAGUCAAAGGAUGGUACUGAUGUCAACAAGGAGUAUACAAAACUCACAUUUACACCCACUCAAGCUGAUCGUUUCGUCUUGGCAUUCCGAAAUUGGCUUAGACGGCAUGGCAAUAGUCAACCUGAAUGGUUUGGUAGCACAGACAACCAACCACUGCCAUCUACCAUCUUAUCCAAACGCCAGAUGAUGGACAGAUUCGAGCAACAUACACUUAAGUGUUCAUCUUGCAAAAAUGCUUACUACACAUUCGAGAAACUGCAGAAGUUUCUAAUUGGCGCAGUAGUGUUGUGCUGUGCAACUGCAGGCAUUCCUGCAGAUGUCAACCUACGCAUUAUAUUGGGUUCGUUAGCAAUUCUAAGUGCUGGAUUGGCAUACAUUCUACACGAACUACAGAAGAAUUUCGCCUUUGUUGAUUACAUACAUGCUGAAAUUGACUAAAAGCCAUAUAGGGUAUUCCCCUUUUAGCACCUAUACACUCUUUUUCUCUCUAGAAAUUAGAAUUAUAGUUGUAUAAAAAUAGAAUAUUACAGUGUAUUAUUCCUAUGCAUGUAUAGUUAACAGAUAUUUGUAGCAAUACAUGCUAGAAAGUUUUGUUCAA